UUCCCACAAAGAAGAGAAGCACAUCCGGUCUGUACUGGGCUGCAUAUUGCAUUAGAAAGUCAAAGUCGUUGGCAGGAAAAUGUUUUCUCUAAAUGUCCUACGCCGUCUACGGCCAUGGGUCUCUCCUAACACCUUACGUAGUUUUCAUGCCACGGCCGGACGGCAUGGUGCGCCGUGUACGGUGUUUAGUUUGGCGAUACUUGGCCACAAACCGGUACAUGCUUUCAGUGCGUGCUCGAUGCUGAGCAUAAACAGCAAGCUGCAGUCACAACAACCUUCAAUACGUCUGCUUUGUACAAGAACAACAGACUCUGAGGAUGGGAGCCUUAUUUACAAAGGUAGCCUAGGCACAGCUGUCCGAGGGGUAAAGAUGUUCUGUUACACCACAACUGGGGCCACCCUUACCUUAAUGCCCUUCGUCAUUCAGGAGACCGGACUGGGAAUGGGAUUCAAGAGCCUGGCAGCCCAGGUCAUAUUCUGUGGUGUUGUUGUUUUUUUUACCUUCCUCAACCCUGUUAUUCUUCAUUUCAUCACUAAGGGAUAUGUUUCCCGCCUGUAUCACAAUCGAGACAAAGACACCUACACAGCUAUCACUUAUAGCAUCUUCCUUACUGAAAAAAGAAACAUGUUUCACCAGAGAGAUGUGAAGGUCCCAUCGGUCCACAAGAUGUUCACCACCUUCUAUGCAGGCACAAUGGGUCUCUUAAUAAACCCUGACAACUUCAUCAUUCCUGAAGACUACAAUCAUUUGAUGGGCUAUGACAAGCCCUUCACCUUUGACCCCGAAGACAUGGACAUGCCUAAAACAAGUUAACAGACAUACCACAUAUGAAUUGAAUGUUUUAUGAGCGCAGUAAUGUCAAAACUGAUACAUUUUACACACAUCUUGUGAUAAUCGUUCAAAAUAUUUUAUGUUGAGUCUACUAUGGAAAUCAUAUAUAAAUAAUAAUUAUCUAUUACUUGUUAUGCGUGUGUUAAUGUAUCAUUGUCUUCAAACCUCAAUGUUAUUCACCAAUAUUACAUCCAGCACUGGAGAGAACAAUCGAAGAUGGCACAUUUACUACCCCUGCUGGAUACCUUGUGUAACAAAAGUAAAGCGCAUUUUGAAGCGCAGGCUGAUGUAAGUUUAAAGAAAAAAAAUUUGGCGAACACGGCUAAUGUCAGCUGUUAAAUAACAUGGAAAAAUUAAAAGCUUUCUUUGACAAGUUGA